UCAUCCCGAAAUGAACCAACUGGCUGCUCUCUAUCCAUCGUUCAAUCAAACAACCCGUAUCAUUCUAGCAACUUUCAAAUGGAUUGGCUUAAUUCCAUUCGACGUGGAGUGCAUCAGUCUCAAACUGCAGCUCCGUUCGGUUCAGCAGAUUCAAUUUUCCUAUAAAUGGAUUCUGAUGACGGUAGCAUUUUUCUCAGCGAAAGUAGUGAUUGUGGCGAUUUUCCAUCAACAAGUGUUCUUCACUUACUACGCUGUGGGUUUGAUCAACGAUAUGUUGAAGUACAUUGGAGGAAUGGUCGCUAUCUACAUAACUUUGGUGGAAGUUUUCGCCCAACGGAAGGAUCACGUCCAUAUGUACGAACGCUUAACAUCAACGGACUUGAAUAAAUUGGUUUUCAAACUUCGACAAGGAAAGGAACAUAGAAAAUGUCUUAAACGAUUUAAUUUCAAGUUUUUUGCUCUGCUUGCCACGAUUUUAAUAAUUGAGUUGCGAAUUUUUCUGAAGAUAAUUACCUACAGUAAACAAUGGAGGAACGUUUGGGUUACGAAUUUCCCAAUGCUGUCUUUCCUACGUUUGAGAGUUUUGUACUACAUCUUCACCGUUGACAUACUGCAAGCACAGUUAACUUCAGUUCGAGUUCAAAUUUUAAAAGUUUGUGAAACUAUGAAGUUGGUAAAAAUGUGGCAUCCAAACUCAAAACAGUACAGGCAAACGGUGGACAAAGUCUGCAACUCUCUGAUUUAUCUGAAGCAAUGUUACACUGAUAUUUGGUUUUGCCAUUUUCACCACAACCAAACAACAGGGUGGAGUAUUUGUUUCAUAAUGGUCAGUUACUUUGUCCAGUUUUCCAGUGAUUUGUAUUGGUUAUAUCUAACCGUUAACGAAAAGGCAACUGAUGGCUAUGGUGAAAUAAUUCUUUGCCUAUGUCCCGCUCCAUUAUUGAUAUGUGCAAUACUCUACUCAACCGAAAGAUGCAUGGAAGUUUCUUUAAGUCCCUAG